UUGUUUUUAUUUUUAAAGAAGUCUAAUGGAUAAAUUUGCCGCUUUACUGAAUGGUGACACUUGUCAUUGGGAAAUACAACGAAUAAGCGACCCCGUAAGAAGCGAGCGGAUUUCAAAUGUGGGAAAGAACAUACCAGGGUGUGAUGUCGGUACAUCUGGGACGCAUAGUUCUUUGGAUUAUAUCAAUCCAGCAGAUAAGAAAAACAUGAGCUGGUAUGCACGGGUUGUGGCUCACCACCCGUACAUGAUCCUGGUUGCGGUCGUCGUGUUCUCGACGACCUGCCUCGUCAUCCCCCUCACCACCAAGAGCCUGCCCAACUUCGCCGACCCCCAGCUGGGUUUUGAAUCCCGGGGCACGGUGCUGGCCCAGAGGCUGACGGCGUGGAAGAACCUGCUGAGGGCCACCCGCCCCUCGGGGCAGCUGACGGUCAACCCGUACGAUCAGCCGGCCACCGUCUCCCCCAACAGCGUGUCGGCGCAGGAUGCGCGGUUCGGGGUGCGGCAGGACUUGGAGCCGGCCCCAGCGAAUUGGGCGGAGCCGCCCGACUACCCCAGCACGGCGACCGAGCGGCCCAGCGUGGUGCUCGACUACUCCAAAAACUCUGCGGCCUGGGCCUUCACCUUCAACAUCACAGAGCUGGCGGAGAGCAGGAACUGGUCGGAGGCAGACACUUUCCGGCAGAACGAGUGGGAUACGCUGACAGCGAUGGAGAGUGUGGAGAACGAGCAGUUGGAGCACUACCGCGGCCACCAGCACCUGGGCAGUGAUGGGUUCUUCUGCGGAGCACCUAGUGGGCAGUACUCACGAGUGGUGGUGAGCAGCGUGGACGGGACGGACCUGUUCUCGCUGGAAGGGGUGCGGGACAUGUGCCGCCUGGAGUGGUAUCUCAUGUCUGUGGCAGAGCCCCUGGACAUCUGCCAGGAGGUGAUUCCUGGCCGCUGCUGCCAGCCCUGGUCGCUGCCGGGCUACAUUGCCUUGCUGCACAACCGCUCGUCCUGCCUCUACCUCACGGAGGAGGACGUGGAGGACACGCGGGCUCUGCUGCGGCUGUGCGCGCACUACUACCACGACCUGAAGCUGACCCCUGACUGCGACAACGGGGACUACGUGUUCUGCCGCCAGGUGCCGCCCGAAUGCAGCCGCCACAACGCCGCCUACAACGUCCUGCACUUCCUGCUCGACUCUGCGUACCUCCCGCCCGGCGAUGUGACCAACAACUCACUGAGCAAUGUGAUGCUGAUCCUCCCUGUGGCUCAGAGCGAAGCUGCCAUGCCCUUCUACCACCGCCUGGACUCCCACCUUCUGAGGCAAGGCAGCGUCAAGGUCACUGCCAUCGAGUUUGGUCUGAAGAACACGCUGUUCGACGAGUGCCUGGUGCGGGACACGUGGAUGAUCGGAGCGGGCGGGCUGUUCAUCCUGCUGUGCAUGUGGUGGUACACCGGCUCCCUGUUCCUCACCGUCAUGACCACCAUAGCCAUCGCCUUCUCCCUGGGCAUCUCCUACUUCAUGUACACGCUGGUGUUUGAGCUCAGCUUCUUCCCCUUCAUGAACCUGCUGGCCUCCAUCGUCGUCAUAGGUAUUGGGGCGGACGACGCGUUCAUCUUCUGCAAGGUGUGGCAGUGCUCCAAGGUCGAGAAGAACAACAGCUCGCUAGUGAGGCUUGUGGACGAGACUCUGCGACACGCGACCCUGUCCAUGUUCGUGACCACGCUCACCACGGCCGCUGCCUUCUACGCUUCCUACGUCACCUCCAUCACAGCCAUUGGUUGCUUCAGCGUGUUCGCGGGCACGGCGACGCUGGCCAACUUCGUGCUGAUGGUGACGUGGCUGCCGGCGAGCGUGGUGGUGUCGGAGCGCUGCUGCUGUCCGCCCAUGGUGCCGUCCAAGUGGUCUGCCCUGGCCAACCGCCUCCAGCCCGCACGGGCGGCCGCAGACCAGGUGCACGCGGCCCUCGACCGAGCUCUGCUGCUGCUCGUCGUGAAGCUCAGGUACGUGUGGGUGGUUGUCCUGGGGGCUGUGGCGGCAGCCAGUGUCGUCGUGGUGUUCUACUACCCUCGCCUCAAGCUGCCCGACUCCAAGGACUUCCAGCUCUUUGACAGCCACCACCUGUUCGAGCAAUACGAUCUCGUGUACAAGGACAUUUUCUGGUUUGAGCGGCUGCAUAAGGGAAACGGCGACUUCAGCUUGAACACGAAGCUGCCACUGCGCUUUGUGUGGGGGGUGCUGCCAGUUGACAACGGAAACUACCUGGACCCGUACUCCCGGGGCUCUCUGCAGCUAGAUCCUUCCUUCGACAUGGCCGCUCCUGAGUCCCAGCGCUGGCUCAUGGGUUUCUGUCACCGCCUGCGCAACCAGUCGUGGUACCAGCCUGAGCUGGGCCCGCUUCUUCCCAACUGCUUCAUAGAGUCCUUCUCCUCCUGGAUGGAGCGCAGGUGCAUCGACCCCAUUGACCGACUCAACCGCACCCCCUGCUGUGGUGUUAAGCGCCGCUCCUUUGCAAGGGAAGUGUUUGAGCAGUGCGUGGUGCUAGCCAUCGCGGACCUGUACCGGACUCCCCUUGAGUACUUCAUGCCGGGGGUGGCGGGUCCCAAGUUUUGUAAGGGCUCCGACCCACCCAAGAUCUGUGCCGUCGUCGUGGAAUACGACAGCAACCAUUCCUUCAGCAUGUCAUUCAGAGACAUGGACAGGUUCUACCGGCAAGUUGAAAGCUGGACCAAGAGACAGUUGAACCGGGCCCCGCCUGGGAUGCAGGGCGGGUGGUUCAUCAGCGACCUCGAAUUCUACGACCUCCAGCGCACGCUCUCGCAGGACACGCUUCUGGCCAUCGGAGUCUCGAUGGGGAUUGCUCUAGCCGUGCUGCUCCUGGUUACCCUCAACAUCCUGAUCUCACUGUACGCCAUAUUUACCAUCACUUGCAUCAUCUUUGUGACGGUGGCCACCCUGGUCCUCCUCGGCUGGAAGUUGAAUGUGCUGGAGUCCGUGGCGAUCUCGGUGGCGAUCGGCCUCGCCGUCGACUUCAGCUUGCACUACGGCGUGCACUACCGCAUGUGCCCCGGUGGGGACGAUGAUCGCAGCUCUGCAGUGGCGUUCGCCAUCUCUCGCAUGGGCGGCCCCACGGCCAUGGCGGCGCUGACCACCGCCGCGGCAGGUGCUUUCAUGCUGCCCUCAUCCGUCCUAGCAUACAUCCAGAUAGGAGUCUUCCUGGUUGUGGUGAUGGUGGUGAGCUGGGUGUACUCCACGUUUUUCUUGGGCGCUCUGCUGCGCAUCGGCGGGCCCCAGAACGGCUUCGGCCAGUUCUCGUACCCCACCGUGGAGCGGUGCUGCGGGGGUGACACAGGGGGGAGUGGUGUCGGCUCCGUCGACAACGAUCAGGUCGACAAGACCGCGUACACGAACGUUCUGUCGGAGUCGACGCUCUCGACGUCCAGCACCGCGUACCCUCUGCACCAGAGCUCUUCGGAGAGCCACGAGUUGGACGCCCUGUCCUCGCGCCGCCACUCGAGUCUCGGCCGCAGGCUGAAGCGUUCUGGCAGUGCCUCGGCUGCCCAGGCUGCCUCCAACUGCCGCCUCACUAGGAAGGUGUCUCUGCCUGCCGACCAGUCGCCUUCGGCAACCAGCGCCACCACCAUAGUCCUCAUAGAUGACAUGGACCUGGACCUCCGCCACGGUCCCCACGAGACAGAGGUGCCGCUGAUGAAGUACUGAGCCGUGACAUGGCAUCAUGUUGCACCCAAGAUAAGCUGCUGCCAUAUGUAAGCUUUAUCAUUUUAAGUCAUUUCAAGAUAAGAGGAGACAUAUAUGAUUUAUUUUAUACAAUAAGUGGUUGUAUAUGUUGUGAUGCAGAGUUAGAAGUGAAAUAUAUACCCUCUUUUAUCGCAUAAUUGUCGCACUCGCAGAAUCGUCGCACCUAUAUUUUUGGCCGUCAAAAUUGGGAUAAAAAAACUUCUCGCGUAAACGUCGCAUUAUGUUUUUGGUCCUGCUAUUAGAUGCAGAGCGCUUUGUGUAGGUAUCUUUUCCAUAUAAAACGAUGUAUUUUAAAGUAGAAAUCUAAUAUUUAUUCGGAAUUUACCACUUAUUUAAUUAACGGAAAUACGAAGUUGUCUGACAUGUAAAUUUUCUUUUAAAGACGUUUUUAAACAUUAUUAUCUUUAUCUGAUCGUCUGCGUCACCGUGGUGUACCGGUGUAGAUAUCUUUUCCGUAUAAAACAAUGUACAUUUUAAAGUAGAAAUCUAAUAUUUAUUCGGACAUUAUCACAUACUUAUUUAAUUAACGGAAAUACGAAGUUGUCUGACGUGUAAAUUUUCUUUUAAAGACGUUUUUAAAAGUUAUUUCCUUUGUCUGAUCAUCUGCGUAGCCGCGGUGUACCGCUUAUGAACAUGUAGCCAGCGCUAGUUGGCAUCAUUCGUGUUUGCUUAUGUUGCUUCCCGUAUAGAGCGCGCGCACGUAGUCGAAUAUCGAUAUCUCAUUGAGUGCAUACAACGCAUGCUCUCUGUCGAGUGCCAAGUUAACUUCAUUUGAUGGCCCGCAUUCUUUCGUGGUAAAUGUGUACUACGGCAAUAGUUACGCGUUGGUUCACAUCACAGAUUCAAGUGGCUUGCAUUCGUGUUACAGUUUGAUUUUUGUUUAAUGAAUUAUUAAUAUAAAUUGUUUGGCUUGCUCUUGUAUACUCCGCCUUUUUUUAAAUAAACGUUCUUUCCAUGAACGGGUUUUGUUUUUAUGAAUAACUUAACCUAACAAAAAAAAAAUUUUCCACAUAAAUGUCGCACCCCUACUUUUCAAACUUGAUUUUAGAAUAAAAUGUGCAACGAUUAUGCGAGAAAACACUGUAAUUUAUUCAUAAGAAGAUUCUACAGUGGUUUAUAAAAGUUACACUUCUCUUUUGAGACUUUUGUUUUAAGGAAAAAUGAUUUAUCCUUAUUUUGAGAACUUCAGUGUAUAUAUUCAUACAUUAUUGUAACAUAAAACACAAAAAAAUGGGUGUAACUUAAUUUUCACAGUUAUGUUUCAUUGAUGUCUGCUGACUUCACCGUGUGAAAUAGUUCUAACAAUUUUGCCAACUGUCGUAAUGUCCUCUCUUGUGAACCAUCUAUUCUGUCUUUGUAUACAGCCUCUUCUUCUGUUAACCACACUUUGAUUAUCUUCCUGUGCUCAGCUCUUUCUGUGGGCAGUUAAAUUAAUCAUUCCCGUACUUGUCUUUGUUCUUCUUCAUGUUGUGUCCAUAGCAGUUUUAUCUUUGCUCCUGCACCCUAACCUGACAUACGAUAUGUACAUUAACAAUAACAUUAAAUAAAAAAUAUCAAUUGUGUAAGAUGCACUGAAUAUGCAAAUUUUAUUAGGAAAAAAAAGCAUCCAAACGCUGUUAACAAGUUCAGUUUCACAGAGAAACCGUCAAACACUACAGUAGCAGUAGGAAGCCUAAGGACUUCCUUUCUAGUUACUAUAGUAAGGAAAUGCAUUUUGAUUCUUCCAGUACAACAUAAGUACUGGAGGUUUAGAGCUAUACUAUCAAUUCACAAAUAAUCUACAGGUAUCAAUGUAAUGAAAUUCAUACCUUUAUAAUUUUAUGUUUAACUAAUUAUUUUUUUGCUAUUUUUUAUAUAUUAGGUUUGAUGUUUUGUUCAUGUAUCUGCCAACAAAUGUUGGACUUAAGAAGCAGCAGCAGCUUGUCAAAUUUAUAUUUGUUACUUAAAAAAAUAAUAGGUAUAUUAAAUGAUAUACAUAAAUAAAACAGAGAUAACUAGAGCUAUAAUAAAUAAUAUGAAUCAUAUUUAUGAUAAAUAGACUCACUACUCACUUUUGAACAUUGUUCCAUAGCUUCAGAAACUUGAUCUAUACACUUUUUUUUGUGUUAUUAUUUCAACAAAUCUGACUUUAUGAUUAUUGGUUGUCUGCUGUAAGUACUGAUUUUAUGUACCAGCGUACAUAUACAUAACUCUUUGUUUCAGAGAGGUCACAAGGUAUUAUGUACUUUGAGUUCUCUCUCACUGUAGCUUGUUCAGUAUUAAAAAGAGUCUGUGAUGUAUUUUAUUGCAAUGUUCCCUUCAUGUUUUGAUGAGAGUUUUGCCAGAGUUGUUAGAUGUACUAGCUUUUUUUUUUCUUAUCCCGUAUCUGGAUGUGGCAGAAGUAUAAAAUUAAUUUUGCUGGAUCCAGAUGUGGUUUUGUGCCAAAUUGCCACACUUGUGGGAAGAGCUGUUAUUUUUUAGCAUAAUUUUGUUGAGGUUUGUGGUCCAAGAAUUAUUUCUUUAUAAACUUGUCGCAAGCAAUUAUGCGUAGAUGUAACAAAAUCAAACUAACAGUUUUGCCAUGGAUUGUAAUUUAUGGUUGUUUAUUGUUGGGCCAAAGUCUAGCAAUCUGCAGUGAUGUUGACCUGACUUGGUAGUGUAGAGCAACAAUAAUGCUUACAAUUUUGUUUGAAAACUAAAGACCAUUUGUCACAUUCAAAUUUUGCCUAAAAACAUAUUCAAUGUUUCAAAUUCAACCCCUUGAAAGUUAUACAUAUUAUGUCACUAAUGGAACCAAUAUAAUGAAACCUUGUCAACAUUUCAUUCAAGGGAAUGAAUGCACAAAUUACAUUUAAAAAAAAAAUUAUUUUGGUUAUGUUAUAAAUUAAAUUGUGAGUAGAAUUUUUCUGUUAUUUAAAUUUAGUACUUUUGAAGCAAUUGCGUAUUUCUCAAAAACAAUCUAAUUAAUUUUUAUAAAUAUGUUAAGUAUCAUUUUGCAAAAUACGUGCAAAAAAUGGCAAAAUAAUAUUAGUAACUAUAAAAAAAGUUCAUUGUCAAGAAAUUUAAAGCAGUUUUGAUAAAAAUAUUAUAGAAUACAAAAAGAAAAACCUUUGAAAGAUUUGGUUUUAAUUAAUUAAAUUAGUUAAGUAAUUGAGUGUGUGAAAUGUUGUUCAAUAAACACUUUCAAUUUUAACUUAAUCCAGUAUUUUAAUACCAUUGAUGUGUGUCCUUGAUGUCUAUUGAAUUUAAUUAAUUAAAUUUAAUAAAAUUCUUACUGUCUAAUUUAUUUUUGGUUUUAAAAACAAACCUAGCACUAAAUUUUAAAAAUGCUGGAGUUUGGGUAAACACCUACAACUUUGUGGAAACAUUUAUUUAACAGAAAUUAUUCCAAUCUGCUGAGGCGAACUGUGAUUAUACGCAGUAGUGUCAGAUAGCACAUGCAUUGCAUAGGUUGCGUAAACAAAAACUAUUACAUGGGAGGGUUAUUAAAGUAAACUAAAUACAUUUGGGAUCAAAGUAAUUUUGUUUGGUGAGACUAUAAGUCACUAACUCUUUGUCCUGUGUAAUUUUUCACAUGGAGGCAUCCAUCCGUGUAACGUACUAACCGGAUACAGAGAUAAAUGUUGUUAGUAUUUACCUCAGCAUGUUUGCGUGCUUCACUUUCAACAGUCACAACCACAUGGCAAAACUGAAAAAAAAGUUAUCCUAGUUGUAUUACAAUAUUAACCUGCCACGUUUCUAUUCUUGUCUCCCCUGAAUCUCACAUUUAAGAUGUACUUAUGUACUAUGUAUUGUGUACUUUAGUAACACAUAUUUAUUGGUAAGUGUUCUACCAGUGUGUUAUAAUGUUCAUGUGUAUUAGAUACUUGAGAAAAUAAUGCUGUGAUCAGAAAACAUGUCUUACUGAAAAUUUAUUGUGUAUAAUAAUAAUAAUAAUAAUAAUAUCGUCACCAUUCUGGUUAGUAUGCGUUAUGAAGAACUUUUUGUAAGUCACCUACCAAAUAUUUUGAGAGAAAAACAAAUGUGCAUUGUCAUGUAGUAUGUUGAUAUGAAUUAAAGAGAAAUAAAAGUUUUAAGAUCUGUCUAAUUUUGUAAUGUACAUUAGUAGUCAUAGAAAUGUUGCAGCUUUUAUCUGGCUACAAUAUAAUAAACAUGUGUGUGAUUGUUGAGUUGUAGUUGUCUGUAGAUCUGGCACAUUAACGACUAACCAGUAUUAUAAACAAAUGAUGGGUUAAACUUUUAAAUGUCAGUACCUAUCAUGAUACACAUAUUUGUAAUUUGAUAAUACAUGUAAGUUUUUUAUGUCUUGUGUUUUAUUUUUGAAUAGCUUGAUUUGACAGAGAGUUUAUGCUAUGUUAAUGUAAAGCUUCAUGACUGUGUACAAGGAAAACAUUUGCACAAUCUGGAUGAAGUACGUUCAUGACUAACCAUUCUGGGAAAUCCACACAGUGAUAAAUUAUUUAAAUUCUGGUUUAACGGUUUAAUGUCUCAUCGACGGCGAUCAGAGACAGUAAAGCUAUGAUACAGAACAGGAAUAUCGGGAAGGAAUCGUGUAUGGCUGCAGUAUUUGCCUGGAGUUAUUACCAUGAAAUCAUAAAAGGGAUUUGUACCCGGGUCCCCUGAAAUAUGAGUCCGGUGCAUACCACAUUCUUUGAAUGGUUCUUGCAGGGGAGCAGAUUGGCUUGAACCUACUUCAUUGCUGGUUCACGCUGGUUGCUGUGGGAAAAUCUUCAGAAAUGUAAAAAAAAAGUUGAAUGUGCAAACACAUGGCGAACUAGCCAAUCACAGCAGAUGGGCGGCACUAAAACAGCACAAAUGAACACGAUAAGCUCUCUGUUAGAGAUAAAUUAUGAUGUAUUGGGGACUGGCAUCUUCUCCUGAUUGGCCGCACACCUGUGAGCUGAUGUUAUUGGCCGGUGUCUUGCCCUGAGGGUCAGGCACGUUUGUCAAGUUUAGAAUUUAAUGUUUCGCCCAUGCUGUUUCUGUGCUCUAUAAUGCGCAUUGAAAGGGUCUUGCCAGUUUUUCCAAUGUACAUGCAUCCUCAUUUACAGGGAAGCUGAUGAUCACAGUUCUAACAUUGAAACUUGUCUAUAGUCUGUUUUUUUUUGUUGUGAAUAUGAUUUUGAUUGUGAAAUUUGACAAGCAGUUCUUAGUAUGUGCAUGAUGGCGGGAGUAGAUGCCAGUUCCCGAAAUAUCACAACUGUUUCGUCAUGAAAAGCCCACUGUUCAGCCAUGCUGUUGUCAUUUUGUCGUCCAGAUUAUCUUUUUAGUUUGGGUUCACCAGUGCGUUGCUGUGUUCACAGGAGUUUUUUAUAUUUAUUUUUGCUGUAGCAGCUUCUCAUAGUUGUCAGCCUAUUGCAUUAGUUUAUACUGUCAUUAUUUCUGACUGAUUUCCUUUAAUGGGAUUCUCUAUGUUGUCAAAGUAUUUAGCAUAUGACCAGUUGAUCUUGGCUUUUUCACCAUGUGUUAAUGCAUGUAUAUUUGUUGACCAUUCCUGAGAUUUCCCCUUGACAGUGUAAACCAGCAAUGAUGUGUGUCUGAGCUAUUAAGUUAAAUCAGUGUCUUUCCCAAUGCCACCUUGCUCCAUGCACUGAUCAAAACAUUUCCUGUGAUGUAGGGUAAGUACAUAAUACAUACUCUUGUUUUGAUAAGCCAUGCUUGACCAUGCUGCACCAGGAUGCCUGUAAACAAUUUACUUCAGUACUGUUUCAUACCGUUUUACAUAAGUUCCAUGUCUCGUAAUCUGUUGGUGUACUGUAGUGUAUAAUCUCCUCACAAAGAACUUGGCUUAAAAGUACCAACAAAUAAUUAAAAUUAGUAUAUAUUGUAAAUUCUUCUGAGAAGUUUGUAUGUUAUAAGUUUUAGUACAGAAUAUUUUUUUUCAGAUUUAAAUACAAAUUUUAAGUCUUAAUUGAUAUACUUAUGGGUAUUUUAUUCUAUGUUAAACAUCAUUGACUCAUUUUUAGGAAACUAUUGUCUGUUUCCCAGAUCACUGUGUGAAUUUCUGAGUGCUGUUACGUUAUAAUUUUAAAAAUCCUUGUUUUAGCAUGUUUGUCUUGUUUACCUAUUUAUUUUCUAGGCUGCUAAGCUUAUUUAUAAGGAAGAAUGUUUUCCUUCUAAGUGUGUAGAUUGUUACCUAGCGUUGAAUGCAAUUGUUGUACAAAAUGUUAUUGAUGUUUCAUAAGAAAUGGCCUAUAAAAUGUUGAAUUAUUGAGUUAUACUUUGUACGAGUUUGUAAAUAAUUAAAAUGCUCAAGUCAAAGACUUAAAUGAGUUUUUAAUUGAAGACAUUAUUUUAGAAUAGAAUGUUGAUAAAUUGUGUCAAACUUGCUGUAGCUGUUGUUGUGAUUCUUGCGUUGAGAACUUUGUGCAAAAUUAUUUUUGUGCCUCAACAGAGGGCUGUUGCAACUUGCUGUUUUUCUUGUUAUUUAUAUGUACUCUAUUGUUUAUCAUCAUCCUUGUUUUUUAGUGCUUAAAUUUGCUAUCAUAGGCACUGUAAACAAACGCUACCCAAUGUUUGCCUAAGAUUGAGACACACAUGCAUGACUGGACAUGGCAUCGAGCUAAAGACACUGGGUAGUGUGUGGUACUCACCACGUUGAAAGAAAAACCCAUUUAUAAACUAUAUAAUACAGUAUGGUUUUCCAGUGCAAAGAAAAGCUUCAUUACGGAGGAGUUUUUUGUGUUUCAAGUACUAUUUAGAUUUUCUGUGUCACCAGAUUCCUGUAUUUAAAUGAAAAAGCACUAAUUUAUGUAAGCGACUGCUCAUGAAUUUGUUAGAUGUCCACCAAUGACAUCACAGUCUUGCUGUAAGGAUCAUUUUGGCUUUCAUUUCAUUUGCUUCUUUCCAUUGGAAAUCUUGAUAUGUAGUAUUUUUCUGUAUGUUGUGUGGUGUUUUGUCUUAUGUCUCCAUGGCUACAAUUAUCCGUUUGUUGGAUGCAGUCAAGCUACAGAGCUUUUUAAUGUUUAUGUUUUAUUUUGACUAACUAUGGAGGCGUAUAUACUUGGGUGAUCUUUACCCAUCCAGUUGUCCGUCAUUUGACGUAACUUUCAUCCCAUAUCUAUCUUUCUACCUGCCCACAACUAGCACAAUCUACAUUUGGUAUAAUUUGCUACAUUUAUUCCAGCCAUUGUUGUCUCAGUCAGUGUCUGCUGUCUGCCAACCAGCAGCCCACGGGUCACGUAUAGUUUGCAGAGGCUCCAACACAGGCCUAAACACACAAAUGGGAACUCAUUACUCGAUGUUGAAACAUUUUUACUUUUCUUGACUCCAUACUUACAAAAUUAUGUAAAAAAAAAUAUGUCAUUUUAACUCUUUCUGGCUGCAUUUUUGACAGUAUAUUUUCUGCGAGGGUUUGUUGUCUUAUGAUCACUGCAAUAUUUAUUCGUUGAUCUGUCUGUUUACAUACGGUAUUUUAUUCUUAAACUUCUAAUUGAAUAGUUUUUGGUUUGCAAUUUUGGGUUCUUGCCAAAUAAAAAAAAAACUGGGAAUGUGCAUUUACAUUCUAAAUGUAACAUAUUUAUUGUCACUAAAUCGUAAGGCAGCUGAAGUUUAGUUUUUUUAGCAGAAAAAUGAUUGCAUGCGCUGGUCCUCUUCCUCACCACCAAACCACUGGACUGCAGCCGGGAUGAUUACGGACUAGCUCCAACUGACCAAGAGCUUGAAACUGACGGCUGGGGAGCAGAAGCAGCUUUAUACAAUACGUUCAUAAAAGAAUGUACGAGUUAUAAACUUUAAUAGUAAUUAUCAAGUGAAAGCGGUGUAGUGUAUUGGUUGCAAGAUCACAAAGAGUAACUCAAACAGUUUUAUAUAAGCGCAUGCACGAGUACUGCUUUGUUGUUUUCUCGCUUGCAGCACCACCUAUGUUGAAAGAAUGGCUCUUUCCCCAAUUAGUAGAGGGUGGACCUAUAAACUUUAUUUGGCAACAGAAUGGAGCCCCUCCCCAUUGGAAUCUCUUUGUACGAGAGUGAUUGAACAUCAGAGUUCCUGACUGUUGAAUUGGUCGAGACGACAGAACACCAUGCAAUUUUUUUUGGGCUUUAUAAAAUAUUGUCUACAUUACGCCGCUACCUAUUAAUUUGCCAGAGUUGAGACACAGAAUUAAAGAGGCUAUUGCUUCCAUUACUCUGAACUUGUCAACCAAAGUGUGGCAAGAAUUGGACUUCAGGUUGGAUGUGUGCCAUGUAACUAAAGUUUAUUGAAUAUUUGUAAGAGAAACUAGGUUAGUUUACCUUCAGUUGAUGUAUGAUUUGUGUAGUCUAAAUUAAACUGUUAUAAUAUACCAUUGAAACUGGGACAUUCUUUUAUAGACAUACUGUAUUAUUUUUGAACUGUGUCUACUCUGAUGAUGACUGUCAGGUAUCUGGCAGCACACUUGAUAGUCGACAGGAUGUAAAGACCAAACCACUGUAAGCACGAUGUUAAUAGAUCUCCCUUUGCAUAUUUCAUCAGCAGUGAUGGAUACAAAGCCCAUUGAGGGAUUGAACACUUCCUGCUGAUCACAACUUAUAUAUUUCGAGGAGGAGGGGUUUCUAAUCCGAGCUUCUGUGAAGCCUCAACUAUUCAUCAGAGACUGGGUUCCGAGAUGUGAAAUAAUUGACACAUUUGUGAUGUCAGCUAAGCACAAAAUAUUUUACUUGGUUUGUACUUAGAUUGUGUGGAAUAAUUUAUUAAUAUUUUUUUAUUUGGUUUUAAAAUGUUUGUAAUUAUUCAUGUUUUCAAAUGAAAAUAAGAAAUGAGUUCUGUGAUGAUAUGUAAUAAAAUAUAUUAUCUCUCUUGAUUUUUAAAAUGGCUUUCAUGUUAUGCAGUUGCUGUGAUUGGACUCAGCAAAUCAGUCGUGUGUGUGUGUCUUUAAAACUUGUUGCUUGCAUUUGUGCCGGAGAAUCAGUUUCGAGCUUCAGUUACGGGUGGCUUGAAAACAAAUCUUAUGCCGUGAUGUUUGUGCGUUCUUACCCCCUACUUAAAAAAGUUUUGCAUGUUUGUAACAGUACCCGAACAUCAAAGAAAAAACAAGUGUACCAUAGAUUCAAGAAGUUAUGAAAUUAUUUUAUUUUAUUAUACUUUUGUUACUUAAAGAAUAAUUUGAUGUUAGUGGAGGAAAACUUACAACCUUCAGUUUGAGAGGUGGUGGGAUUAUACCCCGUGCGAACCACAAGUGUGUCCCAAUUUAGGUAUAAGUGUAGACUCAGGUAGUAAGAUGAAUUCAGUUAGCAGAAAGGCAAGAGAUGGAGGAAUUCACACGGUUCAGUUGAAGUUAAAUUAGUCGAGUGACCCAAAUAGAAGCGACAUUGAGACUGGCCUUUGUUAACCAUCUCAGUUGGCAGAGCACAAGCACAGAGUGAAGUUAGGUUUGAAUUUAAAUCGUAAUUCUUUUUUUUUGACAUGACAAUGUUCUAAUAAAUCGAUGAACGCCGGCUGCACGCACUAAAAAGUGUCCCGUUACACACAUUGUCCCAUUGCGCUCAUUGUACGCUUGCGCCGCAUCUAUCUCUCUUCCACUCGAUUGGAACAACCAUCGAUUUGACUUUUUUGGGGCACAUUAAACUUGAAACACUCCCAUUCGUUUCCUACUUUUCCUAUCAUCGUCCUAUCCUUAACAUAAUAACACAGAUUGGAAGAAGUUAAAUAGCAAACAUGUAUAAAAGUUAUAGUUAAAAUAGUCUGUUCAUUAAAGUAAUAAACAUAUUUGAAUUAAUGAGUGCAAAUAAAAGUAAAUUUAUCAAUUAAAUUAUAGAUUUCAUUUCACUCCUUCUUUGUAUCCAUACAAAAUAGUGAUAAUUCAAUAAAAAUGAUUCAAUUUUAUCCAUAAAAGUAUGCAAUCAUUUCAUCAAUGUUUUGUUAUGACGUUGUCAAGUUAAUUUAUCGUCCGUAAACCGACUUUACAGACAACCAAUUUUUUACCUUUAUUUCCGAGAACUGUCUAUUGGCUGAAUAUAACCACUGAAACGUAGAAGAAAACAUUGCAGUUGGUGACCAUUGCAUUUUUAUGGAUCACUGUGGUGAUCGUUGCCUGCUUCAAUCACUGUCCACAUUUUUUAGUAACUUUUUUGUGCACAAAUUAAAUAUAUUAGAGUUAAAAAAAAUUAGAUUUCCUGUUUUAUCAAUUUUUUUUAUAGAAUUUUUUUUGGGGGGAGGGGGUAGUAAUUAAGACAAUUGAAAUGCCAUAAAUUUAACCUUGGUAACAAACAACUGGUAUAUGAAGAUAGGUUUAACAGGUGCAGUUGCAUUUGCGAGUCAGGAAAUUUGGGAACAUUAAAUGAGUCGGUGGCUGCUUUGUGAUGGCCGGUCACAGCCUCUGUUACCUGUGCCUGUGAUUUAGAUGUACUUGCAGUGCGUGGACACAGUUGUGUGUGUAUGAAUGUGAUGAAUAAAAAAUAUGUACAUAUGUGA